AUGGAAAAGAAAAAUCUAAAAGGAAAUGACGUUCUUAAGGAGUUAGGCGUACAGCUCGAACGCUGUGAUGCCCAAAGAAAGGAGGAUGGCCCUUUAACAUCAACCACAGUAGGGAGUUUAGAGGAGGUAGGCGGUAUAUCCGCGUCAGAUUCUGGCUCUGAAAUGAGCCUGGAAUUGGAAAAAAGCGUAGCUAGCAACGCUAGCUUCGCCAGUAUGGGUAGCGGAGAGGCCCAGAGAGUGCGCAAGAAGCGCACUCGCGCCUCGGAUGCAGACGCCGAAGACGAUGAUCAUCCGGAAUCUUCGGCGUUCAAAAGGAGAGGCACCCCUGUGCCUAAAAGGGGUAGAGGCCGCCCGCCCAAUAGUGGGCAGUAUUUGGGGCUGGUGAAAGGGAAGCGGGAGCUCAUGGAAGCCAGGAGGGCAGAGAUGGAGCUCCAGGCGGAGAAGGAGGUUCCAGAGCUGAUCCAAAGGCGCCGGCUCGAUAGAGCAUUGCGCCCCGCUGUCUUUGCCCCUCUCGCCUUUCUUUCUUUGACGAAAGUCAUCGUAGUCGACUCUCGCCUUUUU